CCCAACCGUAGAAAAACAAAGCCCGGGACAACAACAAAACUCAUAUUUUACAUUUAACUGCACACUAGAAUCCGUUUUAUUGUAUCGGAACCGACGGAAGAGGUCGAUUCUCGGUGUUUUUCGUCGCUCUCUAAGGCCUUCCGGGCGGUGUUGUUUAUCUGUAGUAAGGGGGGGCUUGAAACCGCCCUCCCUUGCCCCAUUUCCUCGGUUGUUUUCCUUCUCUCGCCUGGAUUCUCCAUGUUGUUGGUGCAAGAGUGAAGACUUCGCAGCGACGGGUAGAGGGGGGCUGCUCGGCGACAUUACCCGUAAUAGUAGUAGUAAACCCGAGACGACGGAGCUGACAGAGUCUCAAAUAAGCCUCCAAAAAACAUAUCCAAGUGCCUUGCCCCCUCCCCAGGCGGCGGACCUCCGAAAGAAGAAAAGAAGAAGCGGCGGGGAAAUAAAGAAACCCAGGAACAAGAUAAAUCCUUCUCCCAUCGAGGAUUGUUACUGAGGCGGAUGUCAAGUUACCUCGGUGAAUAAUUGAGUCGAUUUGCCAAUAAAACCCAAUGAGGGAUGCCCAUCAGUGCUCGGGGACAGGAUUUGAGGAUUUUGAGGGCUCCGUGAUUGUCAGAUGGAAAGUUCUGUUAUCACCCAAGUGCAGAAAGAAGACGUUCAAGUGUCACCGAAAACAGGCCAGGUGAGCCGCUCUGCCCUGAAACAGCCUCGGAGUUGUAACAUCUUCAAAGCACUCUUCUGUUGCCUCCAAGCUCAGGAUGGCCCCAAACCACCACCACCAACACCUUCCCAGCAGGCCUUGCUGGAGUCACAGGAAAAUGGGACAGUUGUCAAGCAGUGUGAACCUAGCCUCCUGCCUGAGAUAGAGGCCCAGGACCAGGGGAAGAUAUGUGUGGUCAUAGACCUGGAUGAGACCCUGGUGCACAGCUCAUUCAAGCCUAUAAGUAAUGCAGACUUCAUCGUGCCUGUGGAGAUAGAGGGGACCACACACCAGGUGUAUGUACUGAAGAGGCCGUACGUUGAUGAGUUCCUGCAGAGAAUGGGAGAAUUGUUUGAAUGUGUGCUGUUUACAGCCAGUCUUGCAAAGUAUGCAGACCCAGUGACGGACCUGCUGGAUCAGUGUGGUGUAUUCCGGACCCGGCUAUUCCGGGAAUCUUGCGUUUUCCACCAGGGCUGCUAUGUCAAAGAUUUAAGCCGCCUGGGCAGAGACCUCCACAAAACCCUCAUCCUGGAUAACUCUCCUGCCUCCUACAUCUUCCACCCUAAUAAUGCUGUUCCCGUGGUGUCAUGGUUUGACGACGUGGACGACGCCGAGCUGCUCAACCUUCUGCCUGUGUUUGAGGAACUUAGUCAAGCUGAUAAUGUUUACACCCAGCUGGACCAGCUUCGUGGACACUAAACUCUCAGUGGACCCUCUCAGCUCUUGUUAGGAGCUUGAAACUUUGCCAACAACAAUAGAACCGUAUAUCGACAAUAGAUACUAGAGUCUUCAGACGUUGUUCUCCUAGCCGCUGCACACAAUCCUCAGUUUAGAAAAUUGUAUUAGCGUGGGGUUAAGGAAAUUCCAAGCCUGGAAAACACAAUGUGUUUGGCACGGCGGAAACUAUAGAUUGCAAUCGGAGGCCUUUUCCUCAGAACCUCAGUGCUGACAUUAUUGACAACCACUAUUUGAAAGACCGGGAAACAACAACCAAAGCAAUCCCAUCACGAUCACUCCAGUUAGAAAUAUUAAAGUGGUUCUUUUGCCAAAGCAGAAGCCUGCCUGCCCUGACUUGACUUUUGGACAUGUUUUUUUUUAAAUUAUUAUUAUUCUUGUGCCUUUUAAGGAACAAAAAAAAGCUCUUUUUUUAAAUUCCCAUAAGAUUUUAUACAUUCAUUGAUUUGUUUUUAUAGGUUGUUUUAUAAGGAAAUCUAUUUUUAAAUGGUGAACAUGGUUCCUCUAUGCAAUCUACUUCUGUAAUUACAUGGACAGUAGCUCCUAAGUAGCCAGUCAAUAAUUGUAUUCUGCAGAUGUAAACAUGACUGUAGCCUUAUUCACCUGUCAAUGAGCAGCAAAACAACCGUGUACUUUACGUAUUUGUACAAUAUACAUCAUUUCUACAAACCAUGCAAAUAUACAUCAUUAGUAAUCAGAUUGAUAUAAGUUACGUAAACAGGGUGAAAUCUUGUCUUUAAUGGUCCGUUGAAAGCAGACACACUGGAAUAUGUUGGCACAUAGGACGACCAUAAAUGCCACCACAGUUUUCAUUCAAGGUUUAAUAAUAGUUAAUUUGUUACUAUGUGUUUCUUUUAUGACGAUGUGACAAACAAUGUGUGAUGUGACAAACAGCACUUGUUUUAUAUUGACAGUGCUGAAAGUUAAAACUGUGCCUUUGACAUUCGGACAGAGAAUGGUGUUCUGCCUGAAAAGAGAUUUGUAGGCCUACACACUCUGAUGUGUCAUGCUGAGCGUGAGAAAACACUGUCAAGAGCAAAGUGUAAUGCCAUGUGGCUGUGGUACUUGCAGUGCAACACUUGAAAAUAUCAAAUUUGAUUAUUUUUUUUAGCAUGUUUGAGUGUUUUUUCUAUAUUUAUUGGCCAAAGCAUCUGUAUUGUCCAGUACUUCUAAAUGCUUAACAUUUUGUAUUGUGAUCCAUUUGCCUACUUUGAGGCUGGCCUUGUGUUUAACUGUUUUAUCUGUGCCUAAAUAACACAUUCUGCUGUUGAAGUUCAUAGAUAUUUCAAAAACGUAAGCAGUUAAAUCAAAUAAACAAAUAGAUGCAAAUCCGAGAUUCAAUCAUGCAAGAAAACAUUUUCUUUUUCCGUUUUCAAUUUUCAAUUAAGUACAACAUAUAUUUUGUGGGGUUAUGUUUCCUGGGUAAUAUGGUUUUUCUAUGUCUGUCUGAUGGAAUUGUUUGCCUGCAUGUUAUAUAGUAAAAUAUGACAAUGAUUGAACCAGUUGUGAUGACCAAAAGUAUUUGUUUAGACAGUCACAAUUUGUCUUUGUGUAUCAGAAUAAAUCCACCACUCAUUUUGUCUACCCUAUCUGACCAAAACUCUAAUAGACAAGGUGCUGCCAGUCUUUAUUUUGAAAUAAAAAUUGGUAAUAUUA